AUGAAGAGGAGGCCCGGUAGAAGAGGCAGGGACGUGGAGGAGACCAUGCUCACAAAUAAGGAGAGGAUGGCCGAUGCGGAGGAGACCAUGCUCCCGAAGAAGAAGAAGAAGCAGAGGAUGGCCGACGCGGAGAAGUCGUCCUACCUGGUGGUAGGCCAUGGGUGCAUGAGCCCUGCCUUUUCGUUGUUCAAGAUUGAACCCUACACCGACAGCGGCGGCGGCGACACCCCGGUGAGAAUCCCACGCCGCCUCGCCCGCCUCAAAUGCAACCACAACAUGUCUUUCGUCCCCUUCAAAUCGAAGGACCGCCGGUGGAUCGUCGGCGUCGGCGGCUGCUCAACCGAGAGCUGCUACGGCCCGGGCACCAUCAUCUUCAACACCAGAAAGCAUUCGGUGAUCCGGGGACCGGAGCCUAAGUCGGUCAAGAGCUACCCGAUCCUGCUGCCAAUCGACCACAAGAUCUACGCCCUGGCCCGAACCCCCUCCGUGGUUGGACCGCUCAACUUCGUGCCCUGGUUCGAGGUCCUCGACCUCUCGAGUGCAUGGGAAGUCGACGGCCGUCUGACCAACUGCAAGUGGAGCCGCCUGAAGCGGCCGCCAUUCUUUCCCUGGGAACUCACCCCAGGGGAUUACAUUUGUCCGCCCAGCGUUACCGUCAAGUCCUACGCCGCCGUGGGCUCCCGCAUACUGGUGUCCGUGACCGGACAUGUGGGCACCUACGCGUUUGACACCAGCUCCAACAGGUGGUCGACGGUGGAUGACAAGAACUGCCUGCCGUUUGUCAACGGAGCCGUCCCGCACAGCCCUGGGCUCUUCCUCGGCUUAUCGAGGGCCACAAAGGCCAUGGCCGGAUACAAGAUCAAUGUCGAUGGCGCUAAGCCACUCUCUGUGGUUGAGAUUCCGGUCGUGUCUAACUUGGAAGAUGUAGACCUGGUUGUGCAUAGCUACAAUUUCCUUUCCCUGGGGGUUGACAGGGGCUUCUGUUUGAUGAGUUGUUGGAGCGUUGAUGAAACGCGGGAUCCCCCACAUCUCCAGGCGCACAUCAGGGUAAGGACCUACAAAACAGAUGAUUUUGUGGAGUCCCAGGGAAAAUUCUUGGUCGUCAACAAGCAGUGGAUGCAGGUUUACAAGAUCCGCGAUUUGAUCCGGACACUAGACGCGCCCUGUCUGGCUAGCGUGGUCUCCAUAUGA